UGGAUUUGGGUCCUUCCCAUCUAUGCUCAAACACCAACAGCGCAGUUAGAUUCCUUAAUCACCCAUAAAUCUCGCUUCCUAAUCACUCCUCUUUCCCACAUCCAUUUCCUUCUUUCUCUCCUCUGUUCAAGGUAAAAACAAAACAAGAGCAAAAACAUGAGAUGUUCUCUCACUCCCUGGCUCUGCCAAGUCCCACCACCUUUUCUGCUUUAAUCUCCAGAUAGAUUUCUGCUUUGCUUUCUUUGCAUUGUUUUUCUUUUGGUAGUAUUCUUUGCAUUUAUUGCUUGAUGGGUUUCUGGGAAAAUGAAACAGUCAUUAGUGCCCUGCUCAUGCAAAUACUGUUUUUAUUCAUUUCCAAUUUGAGAAUGAGAGGUGCUUGUUUGUUUUAAGCUGCUGUUUAUCGUUGUGAGUGUAGGAUUGGAUCAAGAAUAUGGGAUCGGAUACUGAUUUCUUGAGUACUUGAAUUUCUGGUGUCUUGUAUUUUUCCUUCCUUUUUUUAUAGCAGUAGCAGUAGGAGGAGAAGCAGUAGUGAGAAGAGAGAGAAGAAAAAAAGAAAGAAAAUGAUAGGGUCAGGGAUAAAUUUGGUGAUGACAGUGAUAGGAUUUGCCGUGAGUACUAUGUUUAUAGUUUUCGUCUGCACUCGUCUCGUUUGUGCUCGGAUUCAGCUACGCACAUCAAGACGUUCAUUUCCUAUCAAUUCCAGAUCUGAUCUUAGCAUUCUGGAACGAGGGUUACAUGGCCUUGAGCCUGUAGUUGUAGCCAACUUUCCGACUAAGAAGUAUAGUGAAGAACUUUUAUUGGCUUCAGACGAUGCUCAUGGCAGAUGCACGGUUUGCCUUGCAGAAUACCGUCGUGAAGAGAUCUUGCGUAUUCUCCCCUACUGUGGGCACUCCUUCCAUAUGAACUGCAUAGACAUAUGGUUGCAACAGCAUUCAACUUGUCCUGUUUGUCGAAUAUCGUUGCGUGAAUUUCCUGAGAAAAACCGCAUGAUGCAACCCUUGUUCAGCUCAGCUAUCCGCAAUCCAUAUGGCACUGAGUCAUUCGAUACCCAUUCUUUCAACUGCUUGUUAUCUGGGCAUGGGCUUUCAUCAAGAACUAAUGACAAUGGGGUGAUGGACUCCAUUCAAGAGAGUCACUGUGCAUCUGAAGUCCCUGAAGCAGCUGAUGGGGAAAAUUUAUUUCCCAUAACUGAGGGUAAUCAGAUUGCAAAAGACUUUGGAAAUAAGCAUGUAGAAAGCCCAUCGAAUAUCUAAAUCCUUGCGUUUCGAAAUCUAAGCUGCAUUCAUUGACACAUCCAGUUUCACAAAGUUAAAAUACUCGUGUAUAAAAUUGCCAAAGGUUGGUAUCCUGUUCCACUGGAAUAUUGCCAGCAAGUCCAUUUCUUAUCACUGUGUCCUGCUGUAAAUAUUAUGUAAGCGAUUUAAUUUUGUCUUGCCUCAAACAAUGGAUGUUUUAUGGGCAGUUUUGUUAGCUUCUGUUGUAAAACUAGAAUGAGCUUUAAAAUGGUUGAAUGAGGAAGCAGUUCUUUCUACUCA